CUCAUCGCUGCCAUGAUCAACCCCGGCGGCGGCAGGAACGACAUCCCGGCCCGUCUGAAGAGGCACUUUUGCGUCUUCAACUGCACCCUGCCCAGCAACCAGUCCGUGGACCACAUCUUCGGCGGCAUCGCGCUCGGCCACUUCUGCGCCGAGCGCGGCUUUUCGACCGACCUCAUUCAAGUCGUCGAGCAUUUGGUGGCGGCAACUCGACUUGUCUGGCAAGCGGUCAAGGCUCGGAUGCUACCGACACCGGCCAAGUUCCAUUACAUCUUCAACCUGCGCGACCUCAGCCGCAUUUGGCAGGGCAUGCUGAGUGCCAACAAAGAGGUGGAGAAUGCAUUAGUUUUGAGGCUACUCUACAAUUUGUGUUAG